AUGAAUGAAGAAAAAGAAACGGCGAACUCUAGUCCUCUGGGGCGAUGGGAGGCGCUCUUCCGCGAGCAGUCCGAGAUAUUUCAUUCGGCUAUAACUCGCGCCGUAGCGCUUGAGGCCGAAGUGAAAGAGCUUCGGCGGGAGAAUGCGGUCUGGAAGAACGCUCACAAGAAAUCCGAGGAUGACCACGAAGUUACCAAGAGGAUAGUCUCGCGUCUGGAGAGGAAUAUGGACGCGAUAAAGGACAAUAAUCCAUUGCUCGUCUGCCUCAUAGAUGGCGACGGCACGAUAUUCGCCCAAGACCUCCUAAUGGCCGGUCGCAACGGAGGCCGCCAAGCUGCGUCACUCCUGAAUCAGGGCCUUAUGAACUACAUCGCCGGCCUCGACGAUAAUUUACCGCCUCGCUGCCAAGUGUGGCUCAGCAUCUAUUGCAACAAGAAGGGUCUUACGGACACUCUCGUCAACAACAAUGUCUGCUCGUACGAGCAAUUCGAGGAGUUCUAUCAUGGCUUCAACCAAGCGUCGCCCAUGUUCUCUAUCGUCGAUGUGGGAUAUGGCAAAGAGGCUGCCGACGCCAAGAUAAAGGAACACCUGCGCGUCUUUACAAAGUUCCCGCAGACAUAUCGAAUCUUCCUCGGAGGUUCGCACGAUAAUGGCUACUCCACUACGAUCAACCACCUUGCCAACGAAGGUUACCUUGAGAAACUUAUCCUUCUCAAAGGCUACAAGAUGCUCGCACAAGAGCUCAGGAGCUUCGAUCUCCCACAAGUCGAGAUACAUGGUCUUUUCAUGACGACGAAGAUGACCGGUAGUGCCGGUCACAAUCGUACUAGGUCAUCAUCACCCACGAAACAAUUGCGCGACGGUCCUAUGAAGAAAUACUUUCCAGACAGCCAACCGCGGACCCCCCUGGGGCAAGUGUUCUCCACCCCUCAGGUGCUGCCCGCCCAACACGACAUUGGUGUGCGUCAGUUUGACCCUGCCAUCCCUCUGAAGAACUAUAAGCCGGCCCCUUGUACUUGGUACUACCUUACGAAAUGCAAGAACGGCAGCCGUUGUCGUUUCGCUCAUGACUAUCAGACAACGCCACAGUUGAAAGCGGCACUUCAGAUCCAUGCGAAGAAGACCCCGUGCUCUUAUGUGGCGAAGAAUAAACCCUGCCCGCAGGGCGACGGAUGUUACAUGGGACAUGUUUGUCCACGCGGACCUACAUGCACCUUCCUUAAGAAUAAGAAGUGCAACUUCACAGGCAAGGACGCGCAUAAAGCGCAGGGUGGUGAUGCGGCAGCCUACGCCUAUAUCGGUUCCAUGCGCAUGCGCAUCAUCGACGAUACUGGUUCGGACGAUGUGGGGUCGUCAGUCGGUUCACCUGGGCCGUCCGACUCCCAGCUUUCAUCGGACUAG